AUGAGCCACGGGAAGAAGACCUGCAGCGUCAGGUUCGUCCUGCUAGAUAGCUUUAUUCCCACGAAGAGGUACUAUGCCAACGCCCCCCCCGCGCCCCCGCCCCCGCCCCCGCCCGUACCGAGAAGAAUCGGAAAUGCCCUGAGCCUCCUCAGCGCAGGCCCGGGUGAAGGUGGGUGCCGGGAGCUGUUGGUCCAGGGUGAUUCUGACAAGACUGUCAGCCCGGGGCUGCGGCAAGGAGGGCCAGGCCCUCACAGACUAGGAGGCAGCAAGUCCAAAGGGACCUCGGAGGAUUUGUGGGGUCAGCAGCUGGCAGACUUCUCUGCUCUUGUUUGUCCAAAGGAUGACUCUGCCAUGAAUGCAGACGAAUUUCCACAGGCUAUCUUGCUCAUCCAUUGUAACAGGAAGUGUAACGGUGCAGGUGUACUUUCUACCUCAGCAGCCAAGGGUUUCACUCCGCCUUCAGAGCUCACCGCACCCUUAGUGUCCAGGGGACAGAGUGUGGUGAUGCCCACCCCACCCCCACUUGCCCCCACUGUCUUUCAGGGAAUAGAAAUAACUGACUUUUCUUUUGGCUUUGAGCUUACUGUGGAGAGAUUAGGUUUUUUUGGCUACCCUCAGGAACUGCUCAGCUUUGCUUAUGAUUCUACAUUCCCUACCAGGGGACUUGUUUUUGAUACACUAUAUGGAAAUCUUUUGAAAGUUGAUGCAUAUGGAAAUCUUUUGGUCUGUGCACAUGGAUUUAACUUCAUAAGAGGACCAGAAACUAGAGAGCAGUAUCCAAAUAAAUUUAUCCAGCGAGAUGACACUGAAAGAUUUUACAUUUUGAACACAAUAUUCAACCUACCAGAGACCUACCUGUUGGCCUGCCUUGUAGAUUUUUUUACUAAUUGUCUUAGAUAUACCAGCUGUGAAACAGGAUUUAAAGAUGGGGACCUCUUCAUGUCUUACCGAAGUAUGUUCCAGGAUGUAAGAGAUGCUGUCGACUGGGUUCAUUAUAAGGGUUCCCUUAAGGAAAAGACAGUUGAAAAUCUUGAGAAGUAUGUAGUCAAAGAUGGAAAACUGCCUUUGCUUUUGAGCCGAAUGAAAGAAGUAGGGAAAGUGUUUCUUGCCACCAACAGUAACUAUAAAUAUACAGAUAAAAUUAUGACUUACCUGUUUGAUUUCCCACAUGGCCCCAAGCCUGGGAGUUCCCAUCGACCAUGGCAGUCCUACUUUGACCUGAUUUUGGUGGAUGCACAGAAGCCACUCUUUUUUGGAGAAGGCACUGUACUGCAUCAGGUGGAUACUAAAACUGGCAAGCUGAAAAUUGGUACCUACACAGGGCCCUUACAGCAUGGCAUCGUCUACUCAGGAGGUUCAUCAGAUACAGUCUGUGAUCUCUUGGGAGCCAAGGGCAAAGAUAUUUUGUAUAUUGGAGAUCACAUUUUUGGAGGCAUUUUAAAAUCAAAGAAACGGCAAGGGUGGCAAACUUUCUUGGUGAUUCCUGAACUUGCACAGGAGCUGCAUGUCUGGACUGUUAAGAGUGCACUUUUCGAAAAGAUUCAGAGCUUGGAUAUUUUCUUGGGUGAACUCUACAAGCAUCUUGACAGCAGCAGCAAUGAGCGCCCAGACAUUAGUUCCAUUCAGAGACGUAUUAAGAAAGUAACUCAUGACAUGGACAUGUGCUAUGGGAUGAUGGGAAGCCAGUUUCGCAGUGGCUCCCGACAGACCCUCUUUGCCAGUCAGGUGAUGCAAUAUGCUGAUCUCUAUGCAGCAUCUUUCAUCAACCUGCUGUAUUAUCCAUUCAGCUACCUCUUCAGAGAUGCUCAUGUCUUGAUGCUUCAUGAAUCAACGGUGGAACACACACAUGUAGAUAUCAAUGAGAUGGAGUCCCUUCUUGCCACCCGGAACUGCAUAUCAGUUGAUUUCAAAGAUACCGACUAUAAGCAGCACCAGUUGACCCGGUCGAUUAGUGAGAUUAAACCCCCCAACCUCUUCACUGGCCCCCAGGAAAUUACAUACUGCCAUGAUGAAGAUGAUGAUGAGGAAGAGGAACAGGAAGAAGAAAAAGGAGGAAAACCAAAACUGAGCAUCCAUUAA